AUGGAACCCCCCCACAUGCCCUCCCCCAUCGCACCCGUCGUCCCGCUCGCUGCGCCACCGUCCCCGCCCAGCCCGUCGCUCCCCGUGUCCCCGCUCCUGGUGGUGGCGAUGGGGCUGCCAGGCGCGGGCAAGAGCACGCUGUGCGCCGCCCUCGCGCAACUUGCGCGGCAGGCAGGCGCGCAUACGACCCUCGUGUCGUUCGACAGCUAUGCGCGUGGCGGAGGCAACGAGGGGAGCGUGGGGCAGGAGGGGAGUGCGGAGGAGCAGGGGAGUGAGGUGGAGGAGGGGAGUGUGGGGGAGGAGGGGAGUGCGGAGGAGCAGGGGAGUGUGGUGGAGGAGGGGAGUGCGGAGGAGCAGGGGAGUGUGGUGGAUGAGGGGAGUGUGGUGGAGGAGGGGAGUGUGGUGGAGGAGGGGAGUGUGGGGGAGAAGGGGAGUGUGGUGGAGGGGAGUGUGGUGGAGGAGGGGAGUGUGGGGGAGGAAGGGAAUGUGGGCGGUGUUGCAGUUCCUGACACGUGUGCUGCUGCUUUCAGUCAUGAUGAGUGGAAGGUGAGGAUUGCUGACGUGGACAACUGA